CAUAAUUUACUUAUUCUAAAUGGCUCGGAGUAUUUUCCAAACACAAAUGGUUUCACUUUUAUGGCUGCAGGAGGGAGAAGCUCUAUUGACUAUGUUUUAUCCAGUCCAGUCCUGAUGAAUCUGAUUACAGCUUUUGAGGUCUGCCAUAGAAUAGAAAGUGAUCAUAUGCCACUAGUAGUCUCUAUGGUAUUACCCAAAUUAGCUACUCCAUCUUCCAUAAAUCCUGAGACAUUUGUUAAUUACGAAAGAUUAAAACGAAUUCAUUGGAACUCUAGAACAAUAGAGGCAGUCAGUGAAAUCUUUAAAGAAGCCUGUGCCUUAACGGUAAUAAAUGACCUAGCUAAUAGUACUACAAUAGAAAAUGCACUGGUAAAUUAUGGGAAAAUAAUAUCUAUUGUGAGUAAUAAAACAGCUACUUAUAUAAAUCCAACUAGAGGGAGGAAUUCGUGGUUUGAUAAAAGUUGUCUUAUAGAGAAAAAGAACCUUAGACAAAUUUUCCAACUUGCUUUAAAUAGCCCUGAGGAAAAUUUCAGACCUUACCUAAAGGCCCGGGUAGAAUUCUAUAAGUAUAUCGAAGAUAAAAAGAAAGCUUUUUAUCAGCAAAAUUGGGCCGAUCUAGAUAGAGAUCUGAAUUCAAAUGAUACCAAAACAUUCUGGAUAGCAGUAAGGAGGCACUUGAAUAAUAACCUAAAAUUAUCUAGUCCUGGCAUUCAGCCCCAAAUAUGGGUAUCGUAUUUUACUAAUAAGAUGCAAACUAAAUCAAUUGAUAAUAUUGUCGUGAUUGCAAACCCCUCUAUUAUUUGGAGUCCUGUUUCACCAGAUGAAGUAUAUCAACUAAUUCUUAAACUAAAAUCUGCUAAAUCGCCGGGUUAUGAUACUAUUACGGCAGAGGUUUUGAAACAUUGUCCAGAAUUAUGGUCCAAAGCUUUGGCAAAUUUAUUCACCCUGGUAAACAACACGGGGGUGAUUCCAACAAGCUGGAAGGAUUCAAUAAUUAUUCCUAUCUUUAAAAAAAGGCGAUAAGCAUGAGCCAGCAAAUUAUCGCCCGAUAAGCUUGCUUUCUAUUGUAGGUAAACUAUAUGACAGCUAUUUGGCAAUGAAACUGCAAAGCUGGAUGACUACUCAAGCCAUCCUGGGACCUGAACAAGCGGGCUUUAGAGGUCACAUGUCUACCACUGAUCAUAUUACAGUUAUUUCAUUUUUAAUUAAUAAAUAUAUUUCCCGUCCUAAAGGGAAAUUAUAUGCUGCGUUUAUUGAUCUAAAAGCGGCAUUUGAUCUUAUUCAUCGACCUACACUUUGGAGUAAAUUGGAUAGUUUAAGUAUAGAUUCAAGACUCUUGUUUUUGUUGAGCCAAAUCCAUACCAACAAUCGCUGUAGGGUAAAAUUUACUGAAAGUGGUCAUUUAACUGACCCAAUCUAUUCAGGAAUUGGUGUAAGGCAAGGCUGUGUCCUAGCUCCUCAUUUAUUUAAUUUAUUUGUAGCAGAUCUUCCAAAUUUCAUGUCAUCGGUUGACACCCAUCCUCCUAUGUUAGGAAAUCGCCCACUUUUAGUGUUACAAUAUGCUGAUGACACUGUAUUAUUGUCGCGGACUCAGGUGGGCUUAAAGAGAGCCCUGAAUAGAUUUAGUGAAUAUUGUGUUAAGUUUCACCUACAGAUUAAUGUUAACAAAUCAAAGGUCUUGGUAUUUUCAAAAAGAUUCACUCCAAGGAAAUGGAAGAUGAAUAAUCAAUCUAUAGAACAGGUAAAAAUGUAUACAUAUUUGGGAGUUCUAUUCCAUUACAACGGUCUUUGGGUAAAGCAGAGAGAAAAGGUUAUACAUUCUGGGAAAAGAGAGUUGGCAAUGUUGCAAUCCUUUUACUAUAAGAAGGGAAAUCAAGAUGUCCUUGCAGCCUUGAAAAUCUAUAAAACCAAAAUUAGACCUCAAAUAUUAUAUAGUACAUCUGUAUGGGUAACAGCUUUCAACAAAGAGGUUGAAAAUUUACAAUCUCGGUUUUGCAGAAAAUUGUUAUCUAUUCCGCCAUGCGUUCAUUAUUUAACGCUAUAUGACGAGCUUGGUUUGGUUACACUUGAGACCACUGCCUGGUUGAUGGCAUAUAAAUAUUGGCUUAAAAUUCAUUAUAGACCAAAUAGAUCUAGUUUAAUUUGGUUUCUCUUAUCUGAUAAUUAUUAUACUAAUUGGUCAAAAGCCUUUGAAGACAAUCUAAAAUUAAAGGGUU